AAAUCCUUAUGCUUGUCCACUAUUUCUGCUUCCAAAACAUCAACUUCAGGAAAAAACGUUCGCUUGAUGCCUAAUAUAUCCCACCCACUUCCAGCUGGCCGUUGUAACACGCUAUUGAAAAUGUAUUGUGGGCUGUAAUGGUUGGGCAAAUCAGAUCAACUCUAAAUCUUGUUUGAUGUUCCCAGGCUGCAGUGGUCAGGACAUACCAAAGGUGAUCCAAGGAAGGAAAACUCGUGACAGGGUCAUGGGUGGCCAUGGCUCACUAAUGCACAAGAGGAGUGAAGGCUAGUCUGUGUAGUCCCAUACAAUAAACUAGAGAGAGAAAGUAUGUGUGCGUCUGUGUGUGUGAGUGUGUGUAAAAGGGAGAGAGAGAGAGAGAAAGAGAGAGAGAAAAGUUAAAUGAUUAACUAUCUAAAUAAAGUAGGCGACAAACAGCAGUUUAGAAGGGAGUGGUAAAGAGCAGUAAAAGAGUGAAGAGUGAAAAACAGAAAACAAAAAGACUAAGAAGCAGCAAGGCAAGUAAGCUUGUUCGUUUCUUAUUAGGAUUAUUUCCAUAUGGAGGAAACUAGUGAACAGCCCAAGAAGAUAAAACUGAAUGAUGGCAACUUGAUGCCACUGCUGGGCCUAGGGACAUGGAAGGGAAAGAACAAAAGCCCAGGAUUGUGCCAUAGUGCAGCUGAGACAGCUAUAGCUGCUGGUUACCGUCACUUGGACACGGCCUACUGUUAUGAAAAUGAGGUGGAGCUGGGGAAGGCGAUCCAUUCCAAAAUCCAGCAAGGCAUCAUUAGGCGCCAGGACAUGUUCAUCGUCAGUAAGUUGUGGUGUACUCAUUAUGCCCCUAAGGACAUCCCGCUGUGCCUGAAUAAGUCUCUCAGUGACCUGCAACUCGACUACCUGGACCUGUAUCUGGUGCACUUUCCUGUGGCUCUACAGAAAGUGAAUGAAGAGAUCUUUCCAAUGAAAGAUGGAAAGUUGCUCUUAUCAGAUAUUGAUUAUGUGGACGUGUGGAAGGGGAUGGAAGCCCUGAAGCUCUCUGGAAAAGUUAAGAGCAUUGGCGUGUCCAACUUCUCAAUCCAACAGCUGGAAAGGCUGCUGUCUGUGGCUAAAAUCCCACCAGCUGUCAAUGAGGUGGAGCUUCAUCCCUACCUUGUGCAGUCUGAUUUGAUUAAAUAUUGUAAAUCAAAGAACAUCGCUCUCACAGCCUACAGUCCCCUUGGCUCACCAGAGAAGCCCGAAGAGUAUCAUCAAGGAGACAAGGAUCCUGAAAAGCUGCUAGAGGAUCCGGGGGUUGCAAAAAUCGCCGCAAAACACAAACGAACUCCUGCCCAGAUUUUGCUGAGGUAUCACAUUGAACAGAAUAUUGCAGUGGUUCCAAAAAGCUUUAAACCCAAUGAAAUUCUGGAGAACACAAAGAUCUUUGAUUUCUGCCUGGACGCGGAGGAUAUGAGUGCGCUCAGGUCUCUAAACCGUGGCUGGAAGGCCUACAUCUUUAAAGAGUUCAAAUCUCAUCCUAACUACCCCUUUAACUGAAAGGUCCUUAAGGAUGGAUACAUAAGACUUACAGAUGCUGACUGUAUUUUAUUGUGGGUGCUUCAAUCCAGAAACAUUUAAGUUGUUUAAUAAAUCGCCUGACAAUGUUGUUGUCUGUCUUUGUGACAAAAUGGCUCUUUGAUAAACACAAUGAUAAAUUAA